AUGGACAGAGGCAGCAAGUGGGAGCGUCUGGCCGUCCUGACAGAGGAGCAGCAGGCUGCUGUCGCCGCUCUGGGUGCCGCCUGCUCCCAGCGUCCGGUCCCCGACGUGGUGCGUGAUUUUCUGGUGCUCCACCAAGCCAUGCUCCAUGGGGUGCUCGCCAGAGAGGCGGAGGGGCGUGAGCCCGCGGCCCCGCCGACCCCCUCCUCGCCCUCCUGGCCCGCCUCGCCGCGCGCCGGGGUCGACGCCGCGGCGCCCGCCCCCGCCCGCGACGUCGUGCUGCAGCACUCCUCCGACUUCUACGCCUGGCUGUCAGAGCUGGAGGCGGCGCGCGGGCGCGAGACCGCCGCCCGCUUCGGCACCUACCAGGCCGAGCUGGCGGGGCACCUGGCGGCCUGCGCCGGCGUGCUGGAGUCCCCGUGCCCCUCCACCGACGAGGGCGUGGAGGCGCUGGCGGCAGUGCGCUUCCGCGCGGUGGCCGAGCCGGCGCUGGGCCCGCUGCUGGCGGGCGUGGAGGCGCGCGCGGGCUCCCGGCCCGAGUACGCGCGCCUCCUCUCCGAUUGCCAGGGCUCCUACUGCGGCGCGCGCCUGGUGGUGCUGGCGCCAGUGGUGUACGCUGCGCUGGCCCGGGGGGCGGGCCUGCCACCGGGCGAGCAAAUUGCAGCCGCCGACGUGCUGCUGCGCCGGCUGUGCCGCGAGGAGGCCGCGCUGUUCCGCCGUUUCUUCCCCGCCAGCGCGCAGCGCGACGCGCUGGGGAGGCUGGUCGAGCCGCUGGCGCAGCGCGCCUACGACGCGCUGAGGCCGCGCGUCGUGGCCGAGCAAGCGCUGGACGCGCUCUGCACGGCGGCCGACGCGGCGGCGGCCGCGGCGGCGGAGACGCGCGGCGGCGGCGCCGCGCCGGCCGACGAACUGGUGGCGCCCACCUUCCGCCGCGUGCUCGCCGACGUGCGCGAGCGCCUGACCUUCCGCGCGCAGGCCUUCAUCCGCGAGCGUGUGGCGGGGCACGCCGCGGUGCCCACCGACUUUGACGGCUACUAUUCGCUGGAUGGAAGGGGGCAGGGAGGGGUGGCCAGGGCGGUGCAGGGGGCGGGCCCGCCGGCUGCGCGCCAGUAUCCCCCCGGCUCCGCCACGCUGGCGCUGCUGGGCCAGCUGGCGCCGCGCCUGGACGCGCGCAUCUUCGCGGGGCUGGCGCACGAGGCGCUGGCCGCCGCCACGCUCGCCGUCCUUGCCGGCAGCCGCGCUGUGGCCAAGCUCCCCGGGUGCACCCCCCUCCAGGCCCAGCUCUUCGGUGUGUCCCAGCUGCUGGCCCUGCGCGAGGGCGCCGUGCGCCACCCCACCACCUUCGCCGUGGUGCAGCGCGACCUGGACUUUAGCCACACGCGGGAGACGCUGCGCCGCGCGGCCUCGGGGCAGCUCCCACUCUUCACGCUUUCCUCCAGCAACGCGGUGCUCCAGCUGAUGAGCCGCGGCGCGCCGCGCCUGCUGGAGAGCCGGUUCGACGCCAAGAAGGAGCUGGAGCGAGAACUCAAGUUCAGCUGCGAGUCCUUCAUCAUGUCCGUGACCAAGCUGGCGGUGGAGCCGGCGCUGUCCUUCAUGAGCAAGGCGGCGGCCGCGGGCAAGGUGCCGGCCGCGCCUGCGGGCGGUGCGGGGGCGGACAAGGAGGCGGCCGUGGGCACCAAGCCCUUGCACCAACUGGCCUUUGCGUCCCCGGAGCGGGUGGCGGAGCUGAGUCAGCGCCUGCGAGGCGCGCUGGCGGGCGUGCUGCCGGAGGCUGCGACCGCGCUGAGGGCUUCGCUGCCGGAUGGAGGCAGCCGGUCGGCGCUCGCCGGCCCCAUCGCGGGGAACGUCGCGGAGGCCCUUGGGCAGCUGGAGGACCUGCUGGCCAGGGAGUUCCCGGAGGGCACCCUGGACCCGGCCAGCGUGCUGACCAGGGACGAGGUGGCGGCGGCGCUGCGUGUGCUGGGCUGA